AUGGACGUCUCCAGCAACCGGCUCUUCCGGUUCACCAAGCCAGAAUGGCUCAAUAACUCUGCCGUCCGCAACGCAGGCGUCUACACCUCCGGCGCGCUGUUUGCCGCCGGUUUCUUCUUCCUUGUCGACGUAGCUGCGUUCUCGCACAGCGCCCGCAACGGCUCGGACGUGCACAUCAAAUUCGUCGACUGGAUCCCCGGCAUCUGCUCCGCGCUGGGCAUGCUGGUCAUCAACUCGAUUGAGAAGUCGCGGCUGCAGGCCGACAGCUUCAGUUAUAGCGGGAGCGGGGUGGCGUGGAAGGCGCGGUUUGUGCUGUUUUUAGGCUUUGCGCUGCUGGCGGGCGGUCUUGCGGGGAGUGUGACGGUCAUGGUCCUCAAGUACCUCAUGAAAGACUACCCGAUACAAACGCUGUACUUCGGCAUUGCAAAUGUGGUGGCGAAUGGCCUGGUAAUGCUGAGCUCUGUCGUUCUCUGGGUCUCCCAGAACAUCGAAGACGACUACACCUACAACCUCGCGCUGUGA